CUGUCCGAAAACAACGGGGCGUGCGUCGGCGCGGCGCGGCUUCGCCAAGCGACUUUCUACGCGCGCCGUCUUAUAUAGGUCAGUGAGUCAGCGAUGCGACCGAGAACUUGAAACGGCGGACAGUACUGGUGAUAAAAUACGUCACCGCCAAUCUGCAUCCUGCACGGUCGGUUUUUUAUUUUUCUUUCUUAAUUUUUUUUUUUUUUGCCUUUCCUCCCUCUCACCAUAACGUUUGCCAGCCACGCUGCGCGCACAGACCUUGUCCUUCGACUGUCCCGACUUUUCCGCACAUCGCCACAUGGAUCGGCACAAGUGUGUGGGUGUGGUUAAAUAGUCAUCGACACCUGCACUCGCCAAGGCCAUAACUGCUCGACAUGUACAAGAAAGAAAGGCCUAAAUUGUCCGUCACUGCCCUUCUCUAUGGCACCCACAGCCCCUCUAACUGGAUACCACUCUCAGCAUCUAAUAUGGGCGGGACGUCGAUCAGCAACGACGGUGCCACCAUAGUGACCAGCAGCCAGUCGCAGCCUUCGUUUCCGAGCAUCCACAGCAGUAAUUUUAUCUCCCCUCACUCCAGCCACUUCCCACCAAACCACCCGCUAAGCGGUUCCAAGCAUCUCUGUUCCAUUUGUGGCGAUCGUGCGUCGGGAAAGCAUUACGGUGUUUACAGCUGUGAAGGAUGUAAAGGAUUUUUCAAGCGCACGGUGAGGAAAGAUUUGAGUUACGCCUGCAGGGAGGAAAGGAAUUGCAUUAUCGACAAGAGACAGAGGAAUCGCUGCCAGUAUUGUCGUUACCAGAAAUGCUUAAUUAUGGGUAUGAAGCGAGAAGCUGUACAAGAGGAACGUCAACGAACUAAAGAUAGAAACGAAAAUGAAGUCGAGAGUACGAGUAACUUUCAGAGCGACAUGCCGAUCGAAAGGAUUUUGGAAGCAGAAUUGCACAUAGAACCGAAAAGGGACGAUGCCGAUCCUGACCAAAAGGAUCCGGUCGCAAACAUCUGUCAAGCUGCCGAUCAUCAGUUAUAUCAAUUAGUGGAAUGGGCAAAGCACGUCCCUCAUUUUACUGACUUGCCUUUGGAUGACCAGAUGGUAUUGUUGAAGGCUGGUUGGAAUGAAUUGCUGAUUGCAGCAUUCUCGCACAGAUCGGUAGAUAUUAAGGAUGGCAUCGUUCUGGCCAGCGGCUUGGUGGUGCACCGGAACAGCGCUCACGGAGCCGGCGUGGGGACGAUUUUCGACAGGGUUCUGACGGAAUUGGUAGCGAAGAUGAAGGAGAUGAACAUGGACAAGACAGAAUUGGGAUGCUUACGAGCUAUAGUUCUCUUCAAUCCAGAUGCCAAAGGAUUGAAAUCUGUCACCCAUGUCGACAACCUUCGUGAAAAACUUUACGCUGCCCUAGAAGACUACUGCAAGCAGCACUAUCCUGACCAACCCGGGCGCUUUGCCAAACUGCUGCUUCGUCUUCCGGCGCUCCGCAGCAUCGGCCUCAAGUGCCUGGAGCAUCUGUUCUUUUUUAAACUGAUAGGCGACACGCCCAUAGACAAUUUUCUAAUGACUAUGCUGGAAGGUUCGGACGGAUGAGGUCCCGUGGACAAGGUAAAGGACACAUUCCUCACCCUUCCCGAACACGGACUCUGCCGGUGCGAAAGUAUUAUAUGGAACGUGCGACGCAAUACUGCCUCUCUCCUGCAUAGUUACAUAGAUCUGAAUAUGUUGUGGGAGUAGUUUUGUUCUCUGUUAUUUGUUGUUGUUAUUGUUGUAUAAAAACUGCCCUUUUGGCCUUAUUGUUAUGAACUAUCUUUCUAUUUUUUUUUUUUUUUUUUUUAUGGAAUGGAUUUAUGUACAUAUAAUUACUUCAUGCGUUAUUUUCAUGUUAAAAACAUAUAAAAAACAUGUGAUACAUACAAGUAUAUAUCUAUAAAUACAUAUACAUAUAUAUAUAUAUAUUAUUUUACAUAGUUUAGUUUCCAUUUUAAAUGAGAUAUUUUUACCGGUGCGAUCAUGUCGAUGCGACACACUCAGAUUUUUCUAUUUUUUAAACAUAGUCAUAGCAAAAACUGUAUUUUUUUAAAGAAUGUUCGGAGCAUUCAUGUUUUGCAUGUUUUUAAAUAUAUAUAAUCAAAAGAUUAUUGGGGGAGGUUGCAUUUUCGUGUAGUCGCAGAUAUUUUAAGUUAGGAAACUAUAAAAUUUUCUCUCUUACUGCCACUGUACAUUUUUCGUACAGGCUAAAGCAAUUUUUUCUUUGUUUUCUUGUCUCAAAUAACGAGUUUAUUCUAAAAUUAAAUAGCUUACAACGUACUCUGUUUUCUCAAAGAUAUACGAGAAUUACUUCUGAAUUAACUUUUACACAGGUUUUCCCGAAUGAAAUGGAAGUAUUGAAUAGAUGGGCGAGGAUAUUUUGAAGCAAAUGCUGCUACGCAUGCACAUUUCGUCACCUCUGAUACUGUGAUGUGCUUGACCCUAACACAGUAUAUCCUCCUGCUAUGUCACAAAGCUCUCUACUUACAAGUCUUAUUUGUAAUAGUGCUGUCAGUAUUAGCGGCAGGAGUCUUCCAAUGUAGAACUAAUGCAGCAGAUUACCCCAAUUUUCUUAUUCUCUAACCAAAUUCCAGCACGUUUUAUCAUCUCUUGUGUUGUAAAGCUUCAUCCGAAACUCCUCUACGAUGGUCUUAGCAGCCUUUCCGUGCCACUAAAGUCUUUAUUCUCUGUAGCUUCUAUAUCUAAUGGUAUCCUUGUUGCCGGUAAUAGGAUUAUUCUGAUUCGGACUCUGAUGCAAUAAGUUUUCCUUUUAUCGUCCUUUAAUAACAUGGACCUUAUAAUACCUCUAUUGUAGGGACAAUUAUUAAAUUGUGUAAGAUCUGAUUAAUUAUACAAGUGUAAUUUUCUUCCAAUUAUAUGGGCUCUGUGUUUGAUUAGUUAUGGUAAUAAGUAAUAUCCACUGUCCAGGUUUGAAUCUAACACUCCAUAACACACAUUGCAGUGUUUUCUGAGAUGAGAUUUGAACUUGCUAUCAGAAAAUGCUGAGAUGUGUGUCACGGACUGCCCAUAACAAUGGGCUAAUACCGUAUUGUGUGGCCUUUUGAGUAUUGGGAGCCGGUUAUGUUUAAAGCUAGUUUCAUUGGCAUAGUAUUAAAGCAUAGUAACCUCAUCGACAAAUUUAUCAUCAUUCAUUAUGCCCUGAAGAUAUUAGAACUCUAAACAAUUGCAUAAUUUAACUGGCAUGUAAAUAAAUUUGUUACUUAAUGCAAAACAUCACAAUGGACCCCUUGGCGUGUGAUCCGACAUGUUACUGGUUUUCAUACUUAGAGAAUGUUAAUUUGUUAUAUAAUAGAAGUUUGUUAAUCCGCAUCUAUGAGUGGUGCCAGGUUUUUGGACAUUUUUGUCUUUUUACAAAGUUCUUUAAGCUAUGCGCGAUUUAAGAGUUGCGGCAAGUGUUAUGUGUUUGUGCACUCCCAUUAGUAGGCUUCAAGACGAAACAGUGUGCAACUGUUCUGUGUUAAGAUUGAUCGGCAAAACUGUUAGCAAAGACAUUGUUGCGUUUGUGUGCACAUACUGUAAUAUUUAUUUGCCAUACACAUACUGUAUACAUUUGAUUCACAAAGGCUGUACUGCUCCAAGUGUGAUAAACCCGCUUGUUAACGUAUCGGCUACUUUUCAGAGAGUGCAGAUUAAAAAAUUUGUACUGUCUUGAAACUAGAGCUGUCUUAACGCAUAGUGUAAAAGCAUACUUUAUGUAAAUAAUUGUGAUGCAAUCACUUCAAAUUACAGUUUUUUUAAUAAUAUUUCCUGUAUAAAGCCCUCCCUCAUCUGUUCUAUACUGUUUUCACUCUGGAAUGUCUGCUUACAGAUAAAACUGCACGCUCGUAUCCUUUGGAAUAACAAAUUGAAUCAAAACGCACUUCAGAACUUUACAUCUAUGUUAAUGCAUUUGCAAAUUUUUAAAUUUGUUCCACGUGGCAUUCAAGUAACUGCAUCAUAAAGCUCGGACCCGAUGCAUCAUUUAAAAUCCGAGGAGGAAGCCGUACUUUCGGCUCGUGCAAACCUUAUGUAAUUGCAUUAAUUUUAUGCUCUUAAAACAAUCGUAUUGUGUAACUCGGUUGUGAAAAUGUAUUUGUUAACAAAUAAAUAUGUUCUCGUUUGUAUUUUAAGUACAAAUCACUGUGCGCGAAUACGGCCUACACGUGCCGAACUCUGCCCGUUUCUAACCGAACUUAAAAGCUUUAAACUCGAGUCUGGUCGUUACGACUCCGUCCAGUUAUUGAUGGAAGAAGGAAAAGGUUAAUUGUAUGCUUUUGUGAAAAAAGUAAUAAUAAAAUUUCUGCAUCUACAA